AUGAUGGAAAUCCCUGAAAACGUUAAAGGUGCUGUCGAGUUUGAUCCUUAUCUAAAACCAUACGCUCAAGUCUUAAGUGAAAGACGUUAUCUAGCUGAUAAAUGGGCUUAUGAAAUUACCCAUGCUACCCCUGACGGCUCCUACCAAUCUUUAGCUAAGUUUUCAAGAGAUUCUUAUAAAUCGUAUGGUCUACAUGCUAAUCCACAAACAAAAGAGAUCUCUUAUAAAGAAUGGGCUCCAAAUGCUAAACGUGCCUUCUUAGUAGGUGAAUUCAAUAAUUGGGAUGGAUCCAAUCAUGAAUUGAAAAAUAAAGAUGAAUUCGGUAAUUUUUACAUUACAAUCCCUCCUUUAUCUAAUGGUGAUUACGCAAUCCCACAUGAUUCUAAAAUUAAAGUCAAAUUCCAAUUAGAAGAUGGUUCUGAAAUCUAUCGUUUACCUGCAUGGAUUACAAGAGCCACUCAACCAACAAAGGAAACUGCAAAGCAAUUUGGACCAACUUAUGAAGGUAGAUUCUGGAAUCCAACUGAACCAUACCAAUUCCAAAAUAACAGACCCGUCUUCAAUGAAUCUCACGAUUCUUUAAGAAUUUAUGAAGCUCAUGUUGGUAUCUCAUCUCCAGAACCAAAAGUUACUACUUAUAAAGAAUUCACUCAAAAUAUUUUACCAAGAAUUAAAAAAUUAGGUUACGAUGCAAUUCAAUUAAUGGCUAUCAUGGAACACGCCUAUUACGCUUCAUUCGGUUAUCAAGUAACAAAUUUCUUCGCUCCAAGUUCUCGUUAUGGUACUCCAGAAGAUUUAAAAGAAUUAAUCGAUACUGCUCAUGGAAUGGGUAUCUUAGUAUUAUUAGAUGUAGUUCAUAGUCACGCUUCCAAAAACGUGGAAGAUGGUCUUAAUAACUUCGAUGGUUCUGAUCAUCAAUAUUUUCAUUCAUUGUCCUCUGGUAGAGGUGAACAUCCUUUAUGGGAUUCAAGACUUUUCAAUUACGGAAAUUUUGAAGUUCAAAGAUUCUUAUUAUCAAAUUUAACUUACUAUAUCGAUGUUUAUCAAUUCGAUGGAUUUAGAUUUGACGGUGUUACUUCAAUGUUAUAUUUACAUCAUGGUGUUGGUGAAGGUGGUGCUUUCUCCGGUGAUUACAAUGAAUAUUUAUCAAAGGAACGUUCAGGCGUCGACCAUGAAGCCUUGGCUUACUUAAUGUUGGCUAAUGAUUUAGUUCAUGAAUUACUACCUGAAUCUGCAGUCACCGUCGCAGAAGAUGUCUCUGGUUAUCCAACCUUAUGUUUACCACGUAACAUUGGUGGCGUCGGUUUCGAUUAUAGAUUAGCUAUGGCUUUACCAGAUAUGUGGAUUAAACUCUUAAAGGAAAAAAGUGAUGAUCAAUGGGAUAUGGGCCAUAUCGUUCAUACUUUGACUAAUAGACGUUACGGUGAAAAAGUUGUGGCUUAUUGUGAAUCUCAUGAUCAAGCUUUAGUGGGUGAUAAAACUCUAGCCUUUUGGUUAAUGGAUGCUGAAAUGUAUACCGGUAUGACUGUGCUAAAGGAACCUUCUUUAGUUAUCGAUCGUGGUAUCGCACUUCAUAAAAUGAUUAGAUUAAUUACUCAUUCAUUGGGUGGUGAAGCAUAUUUGAAUUUUGAAGGUAAUGAAUUCGGGCAUCCAGAAUGGCUAGAUUUCCCAAAUGUUAAUAAUAAUGAUAGUUAUCAUUAUGCUCGUAGACAAUUUAAUUUGGUAGAUGAUCACUUAUUACGCUAUCAACAUUUGAAUAACUUCGAUAGCACUAUGCAACAUACUGAAAUGAAAUAUCAAUGGUUGAAUACUCCACAAGCAUACGUGUCUUUAAAACAUGAAGUAGAUAAAGUUAUUGCCUUUGAACGUAAUGGGAAAUUAUUCAUUUUCAAUUUCCAUCCAACAAACAGUUUCAGUGAUUAUAGAAUUGGUGUCGAACAAGCUGGAUCUUAUCGUAUCAUUUUAAACACUGACAGACAGGAAUUUGGUGGUCAAAAUAGAAUUGAUGAAAAUGCAAGAUUUUUCACAACUGACUUAGAAUGGAAUAAUAGAAAGAAUUUCAUUCAAGUUUACAUUCCAUGCAGAACUGCAAUUAUCUUGGCUUUAGAAUAA